UUUUACAAUGUGUGCUCUAUGUUGCAAUUUUCCAAUUUCCAAUUAAUAAAAAUGCAUUUUUACAAAAGAAAAAACGAGUUAAAAUUACGAAAUUACCCUCCACGAAAAACAAACUGACUGACAGAGAAGUUUCACACGUUGGGAAUUUUCCUCCUUUUCGUCGUCUGUUACGAUACCAUUUCACGGGUCACCCAAAACCUCCACCUCCUUCUUCCGCCCUUCCGAUACCGAAGAAAUUCCGGCUCCGUCACCAGAGAUCAUUUCCCCCACCGUCAUCUCCCUCGCCUGCCAACGCAUUUCAUCUUCCUAACUCCACAGUUGACCAUAUUUUCCAUACUUCGCCUUCUCUCGGCGACGGCGCGUUUUCACACCUUCCGCUGAAACCCGACGCGACAAAUUUUCUUAGGGUUUCAUGUUUUGUACGGUUGAACGUUAUACAGACGCUUUCAUGUCGUUUGAAUGGAGAUUGUUUCUUCUGCCACCAUUGCCUUGUCGUCCCAACCCUUUCCUAUAGCUGCGAUUGUUACUUUUCUUUGUUUUCUUCUUGCUAUUUUCGUUGCCGUUCGAUUGGUUUCUGUUCCUUACAUUAGAAGGACGAAAACUCUACAAUCGGAGAGCGUGGGUACGAGGAAUUGUAAUUGUACUUGUUCGCUUAACGGUGGUGUGGUUAUUAGGGGUUUGGACCCCAGGGCUGAGAUUACUUCUUCGACUAGUACGAGUAUGCCUUAUUUGAACGGUCGUGCAGUGGAAGUAUUGGAGAAGGCGCCGGUAGUUGUUACGGAGCGGCAGACGGGCGCUUCGAUGAUGGAGCAGUUAGUGCCGGAGAUUACUACGCACGCUCUUAGUUACUUGGAUUAUCCCAGCCUAUGCCGUCUGUCCAUGACUAAUUCUUUGAUGCGCAAAGCCGCAAAUGAUGAUAAUGCCUGGAAGGCGCUUUAUCAUAAGGACUUCACACUGGAACAGGAUACUGUAACUCCAAUUAAUGGGUGGAAGUCUUAUUAUGCUGCAACAAGAACAAUUAUGAAUAUCAAUGCCCAAUUCUAUAACAUCAUCAGAGACAGGUCUCUUCAAGCGAUGAGUCGUUUUUGGUUGAAUGCAGAUUAUGUGAAGUGUAUUCAUGCUUCAGGAGAAUUCUUUUCCGGGUAUAAUGCCGUAGUUCAAAGUUGGCAGGUUGCAUUUAAUUGGGAACAAGGGAUUAAUUUUCAGGUCCGUGACGUACGGGCUCGUGUGCUUACCGAUAUGGCUUGGGUUAGCAUGAAAACCUAUGUUGACAUGGAUACAGGGCCAUUCAACGUAACCAACAUUUACGAGUUUCAUAAUGGUCGAUGGUACAUGGUGCAUCAUCACAGCUCUGUAAUGCUUAUUGUUGGGGAGAUGGAACAACAAAUGGUUCAUGGCUAACAGAUUGAAGAUAGAAGAGAAAGUAAAGCAUGGAAAAAAUAUACAAUACUAGGUGGUACAAAGAUAGGGUGGUGUUUGGUAGAAGAAGCAAGAUUUAAAGGAAAAAGAAAAAAAAGUCUUGUCCAUUACUUUUAAUCAACACCAUUUUAACUGUUCCAACCUCAGUUUUGCUUGAUCUGUGUUGAUUGAUCCCUUUUUUUCUUUCGAAGUAUUUUUUUUUUCAUCCAUAGUUUGAUUCCAUGCUGAAGGCUGAAAUGGCUGUGCAUGUGUUUCCAGCAAUGAAGGAGUAGUCAUUAACAAAAAUUACCAAAUGUUUGUACUUCAUUUUUCUUAAAUCUUGCUAUUGAGAUGCUCAAUUAACUCCAUGACAGGUACCCGACUUGUUCAGUAAGUCUGUAUAAAAGGAAGGAUAAGAAAAAAGAACGCUGUAACAAUUUUAAUGUAAAUGUGUAAGCUUUCUUGUUUUGGAACUCCAUUGUUGGAGCAAUUGUAAAUACAUCUUUGUUGGUGAAGGUUUAAUAUCAUAUGAGUUUUUUUUAA